GUAUUAAUUCUUUGAAAAAAUAAAACAUUACAGAUUUAUUACUACAAUUUUCUGUGAUUUAUCUUAUCGAUUGCUGCCGAUAUUGUUAUUAUUAUUGCUGUACAACAAUUCAUCACCAUAUUUAUCAAUAUCAAUGGCUACUUAAUUCAGUGAAAAGUUAUCAAAUCUAUUUUGCUCAUCUAAGUCAUCGAUCUUUUUAUCACACAUGUUUUGUAUUGUCCAUUAUGUUAAUCAUGACCAAUAUGAUGACAUUUGCAAUGUCGACCAUUGAUACAAAGAAUGAUAAUAACAUUUCCAUUAUUCAACAUUAUGAUGAUUCUCAUUUAAAUGAUUAUAGUAAUACAAGAUUUAUCAAAAAUCGUACCAAACAAGAUGAUUCAAUAAUCAAUAAAAUGAAUAUCGAUAGUAAUUCGGAUGAUGAUGGUAAUUCGGAUGAAACGCAUUCAGAUGAAUUAUAUGUUAAUCUAUGUGAAUUGAUGCGACAACAACUGAAACAACGAUGGCAACCCAAUGUUAAGAAUGAUCAUAAUUAUUAUUAUUUACAGCAUAAUCAAGCCACUUUGAUUACAACUACUGAACAUUUUCAUCGACAUAGCCAUAAUCAUUUUCAUUCACACCAUAAUCAUGUUCAUCAACAAAACAGUGAACAACAGCGUUUGCAACAACGUGAAAAUCACCUGCGGUAA